AUGACAAUACCGACACGGGCCAGAUUCUGCAUUGAGUGUGGAAUUUGGAUUUCCAGUGAUUUAGACUGGGACAAACACUGCAAACAGCACACGAGAAGUCCAAACAUCAUCUAUGGUCCUAUAACCUCUGAGGGUAUUCUUGCAGCGCCUCGUCGGUGUCCAUACUGCAUAGCAGAGGGCAAUUUUGUCCAGAUGGAAAAUGCGGGCCACUAUUUCGAGCACAUCGAAGAGCAUAUUAAUAGCCAGUUUGAUAAGGGUGUUAGAGGAUGCCCUCAUUACUCGUGUAAAAGUCAGCAGUACAGCAAAAAGAGCUUGCGGGACCAUUUCAAUACAGCACAUGGCAUUGCCCUUCCUUAA